AAAAUCACACAUUAUCCAUGGAAUUUGCAGAGGCCAAAACCAGAAGAACCGAAACUUAUUUAGAGACAAUGGACUAACUAAAUGAUUUUCCUUAUGGAUAACAAGCCCCCUAAUUUUCCCCAGAAACAAACACCGACAUGGGGGACGUGGGAGGAGCUCCUCCUCGCCGGCGCCGUCCACCGCUUCGGCACCCAGAGCUGGAACUCCGUCGCCACCGAACUCCGGAAGCGCAGUUCCAACCUUCACCUCCUCACCCCGCACGCCUGCAAGCGCAAGUUCCACGACCUCCACCGCCGCUUUAACCACUCCGAUAACAUGUCCGCCGCCAGCGACGACGAUAAAUCCCCCAUCCCCUGGCUCGACCAGUUGCGGCAGCGGCGGCUCGACGAACUUCGACGCGAACUGCAACGCUACGACCGCUCCAUCGUGUGUUUGCAAUCGAAGGUGAAGAGGUUGAAAGAAGUGCGCGAACAUAGUCUGUGGGAGACCGAAAAACCGGUAGAAAAAUCGGAUCUAGAGAAAACCGGAGAGGAAGAGAUUAAACCGGAUGACGUCUUGCCGGAGAAAAAAGAUAUCUCCGGCGAUUUAUUGGUGCACGACGGCCAGUCGUUUGACGAGUCGAACACGACAGAUCGGAAACCCGAGGAACCCGGCACCGGAUAUGCCGGUACGGGUAAUGGUUCGGAUCCGAAUAAACCGGUUGAACCAGCAGGUAAGGAUAUCGGGUCGGCCGAGAAGUCGAGUAAUCCGGCGGUGGAGGAUUCGUGCAACGGAAGUUCCGAUUCGGUGGCGAAAGAACCGGCGGGUAUGGAAUCGGAGAAGGGGAACUCGGGCGAGUUGAGGGAAUCGAUGGCUGAGUCAAAGGGAGGGGAAGAAGGGACGAAGGAGAGUCGUCAAAGUAGCAGUGAAGUGAAGAGCUCGGUGAGAUUGUCGAGAAAAGCGGGGAAUGAUCCGGAACCGGUCGGACCGGGUGAGCCAAGUGAACCGGAGCAGGAGGAUCGAUCUCCCGCCACGAAGAGGGUUCCAGUUGAAUCUCAGCCGUUGGUGGAUUUCCUCGCGAUCCUUCGCUGUCAUAAGUUUGCCUCUUUAUUCGAGUGCCGGCUCCAUUCCCAGGAUAACCCAAUUUAUACAAAAAUGAUCCGGCAACAUGUAGAUUUCGAAAUGGUGCAAACCAGACUUGAAGGAGGUUGGUACUCGCAUUGCAGCAGAAUGUUAUUCUUUCGAGAUCUGUUGAUUAUUUACAACAAUGCCAUAGUCUUCUUUGGGAAAAUGUCUCCAGAAUACAAGGCUGCGUGUGAGCUUCGGUCCCUUGUGUCAAAGGAAAUGGCUCGUCUGGCUCCUAAACAAGAUGCACCAUCCGAAGAAGAAAUUCUGACACAACCAGCUCCACCUCUGAAUCCCGAUCCUGAAACUUCAGAUUCGUUGCUAGCAAAAUCAAAACUCUCACUUCCAUUGAAUGCUUGUUGCAAGCGCAGUUCCAUUGCUGCAAGAGCAUCCACAUCUUCUUUGGGACCAGACACAAGAAAAAAGCAGGCCACUUGUGAUGUCAAACCAGCUGUAAAUUGGAAACAAAAAGAAGAGUCCUCGGAUGAAAUUGAGAAAUUCCGUGUCACUAAGAAGAGAAGAAAAGAAGGACUUGGGAGCAGUACAAGAAACAACACGAGCAAAAAUGUCAGGACCCGUAGUUAUACUAACAACAACAGAAGUUCAGAUGCCAAUGAGAAUUCAGAGUCCAAAGCUGAGACGGAAAAGAAGAGAGUGGUAUCUAGCAAUGAGAACUUAGAAUCCAAAGCAGAGACGGAAAAGAAGAGAAACAAUAACGCAAGUGGGAAAAAGCGAAGUGCCGCAAAUUUCUUGAUGAAGAGCUCCUCGUCCAAAACCGGAUCAUUGCUAGAGACAUCAAAGAACCCUGAGAAUAACAGCAAAGGGAGAAGAGCAGAGCAGAGGAAAAAUGGAAAUGGCAAAGGAAACACGCAGAAAGAUCAAGGUUCGCGCAGAAGUUCUGGUGGGAGACAAGCGACAAAAGAGCAAGAAAGCCCAUCGAAAAGGAGUGCGGGACGGCCCUCAAAGAGGGCGGCAGCAGCGGCACCAACAACAGCUGGUCCAACUAAACGAGCUAGAGGCCGAGGAAGCUGAAAUGCACCUGUCAUCAACCAUAUAAACUGGUCAAAUUUUUAGAUCCUUUUUGAAGCAUCAUCCUGGCAAACAAAUCAGUUAAACAGCAAACGAUAUAGAUCGAAAUUGAUAUUUCUCAAUGACAUAUGUUGAUAAUCGAAUGCGUAAAUUAUGAGAAUUGUUAUUGGCAUUCCAAGGAAGAAUUUGCAAGCCAAGAAGUUGAGGAUGGCCUUUUGGAGAGGUAGCUUAAGCAGAUGACUCUCUGCCGAAAGGUCUAAAUGUGACGUUUUAGGUUUGAGAACCGUUAUCUUUUUUAUGACAAGCAGUUUCAAAUUUCAAUGAUGUAAGUGUGAUGUAAAAUUACUUCAAACAUGCUCAUGUGAGUUAUCUAUUCUUUCUUAUGUGUAAUAAAUCAUUUAUUCUUUUUUA